UCUAAAGCGUUUUAUAGAGCACAGAGAGAUACAACCAGCUGGUCAAAGAAGAAAGAGGACGAAGAAGAGGAGCGAAGGAAGCAAACAUGUCGUGGCAAGCCUAUGUCGAUGACCAUCUCAUGUGCGAAAUCGAAGGCAACCAUCUCUCUGCUGCCGCUAUCCUCGGCCAUGACGGCAGCGUUUGGGCCCAGAGCUCCACUUUCCCUCAGUUGAAGCCUGAAGAAAUUACUGGCAUCAUGAAUGACUUUAACGAACCUGGUUCACUUGCACCAACAGGGUUAUACCUUGGUGGCUCCAAAUAUAUGGUGAUCCAAGGCGAGGCUGGAGCUGUCAUUCGAGGGAAGAAGGGACCUGGAGGUGCUACUAUUAAGAAGACAAAUAUGGCUAUAAUUGUUGGUAUCUAUGAUGAGCCUAUGACUGGUGGGCAGUGCAACAUUAUCAUUGAAAGGCUUGGCGAUUAUCUCCUCGACCAGGGUUUUUAGAUGCUUCAAAUGUCCAGUCUUAAGUUGCAGUUUCUAUUGGCUUCUAUACAAACUAGCAUCUGCCACACUCCUGUUUAAAAUGGUCUACUGCAGUGAAAUAAUAUUACAACUGUUUAAAGUACUAGGAAUUGUGUGGAAAGAAAGGUGAUGGUGCAUGUAAGAGUGAUGGAUAUGGUAUCUUUAUCUUCUUUUUUUCUCCCUCUCUUGGUGAAUGGUAAUCUGAUUAUUGCUAAGUGAGUCAAUUAUCUAUAAGACAGUGAUUUCAUUUGCUGUGUGUAAUUUGUUUUGGUAAGGAAUUUGUUACUCUUAA